AUGGCAGCAACACUUACGCGGCAAUGUGAGGAUCUCGUGUGGCAGUUUAAGGUGAAACUGACUCAGGAUGAUCGAUUUACAACAGCAGCCAAAAAUUACUGCAAGGACGAAAUGGCAAAGAAUCCAUCGAUGGCAAAGUGUGCUGAUUUGGUAAAACCAGGCUAUGCGCUCAGUUGUAUGCUUGAUUUUGUUACAAACGUCACUGCGGCUACCCAAUGCCAAGCUUUCUUAGCCAGAACUGAGCGUCUCGCAUUUGCUGACUUCCGAUUAGUCGGCCCAUUCGUUGAAAAAUGUGGACCUACAGUGAGUCAACUGGGAUGUGGCACCCUCACUCCGCAUAGUGCGCAUCAGGGAGUAAAAGUUCCCCAUACACAAGGAAUGGCCCUUGAAUGUCUGAUCAGUCAGGUUGUGAAGCAUUCUAAAGAAAAAAGCGAUCCUCUCAGUCUGCUUGACCCAACAUGCAGGCAUGAGGUCAUGCGGCUUGUGGAAAUGCAAACUGACGACUUUCAUCUU